AUGCUGUCCCUCAUCACUCAUCCCAAAUUCACAGUCACGGCUUCGACGCUGCGCUCUACCAUGGCAAAUGUGCAACAUGGUUAUGAAAUUCUUGCCUUGCUCGGUGAUCGUCCCGAGACCAGGCUGUUCUUUGACCAAUCACUUCUGGCAAUUGCAAUCACAGACUCUAGCAAGGAUAUGGUAGCAUAUCUUCUAGAUCGACUCAGCAAUACUCCGAUUGUUACUGCGACAAUGAUUACACAAGCCUCUACAAACUGGGAAUCUGGUCUGAAGAUCGCCGAGAUGCUCCUCGACAGGUUUCCCAACGACAUCCACAUAACAGAAGACACCAUCCUCUCCAUCAUGGAUGUGAACUCGAGUGACUCAAGUUACUUGAGCUUUGCCUCAACGAUUCACGACUUCUUGCAGCUGCUGUUUAAGCGAGUUGGACCUGAAUUUCCGGUCACAGAGCGACUGCUGCUAGGUGCUGCCAGGUCAGAGUUUGAAGAAGAUUACGACGCAAUAGUUUUUAAGCUUGUCCUGAGUCGUUUCAGCAACACUUUGCCGAUCCCUCACGACGUCGUCAUGGCUGUGGCAAAAAACUCGAAUGCAUGGGCUGCAAUGCCGCUUCUCCUCCGUCGUCGCAAGCCGGAGAUAUGCAUCACAGACGAGAUUCUGUGUGCUGCAAUCCCAAACAUGGACUCGUACUCAUCUCUGCUAUGCAAUGCGGCCAGACACUCUCUCAGAAUCACCGAGAAAGCCAUAGAAAAAGCUGCGAAAGUCUCGGGGGGGGAAGGGUUCCUCCAGAUAUUGAACGCUGCCGAUACCGAUAUCCGAAUUACGCAGGAUAUCCUUCUUGCUGCUGUCAGCAAUGACAAUACAAACGGCACCCAGAUUAUGUGGUUACUGCUCCGAGAAUCUAUGUCUGCGGAUGAAGUUGACACCGACAUCCUCGAGGAGGUUUUGCAGGGUGACAAGUGGGGCAUCAUGUCCGUUAUACUCAAACGGCGUGGCGCGACGAUUCGCCUAAGUAAGGAUCUCGUACGGGGUUGGAUCUCCAACGAACGAACUCAAGGGAAGGCACUGAAGUUCUUGUUGCAAUACAAAACAGCCGAGCUCGACAGCAUUCUAGACACCAUGUCUGCGGAUGAGCGGGCAGAGUUUGUGGAACGAUGGGACAGACUUUUCGAGCGCUUUGAGCGAGACUCUUGGGACGACAUAUUCAAAAAGCGAGCUAAAUAG